UUAUUAUUAUUAUUAUUAUUAUUAUUAUUAUUAUUAUUACUAUUACCGCACCACGGCGCCGGACCCCGCGAGCGCUGUUCACUUGUGCGUAUUGUUUUCGCGCCUCUGAACAUCGGAAGUUCCGGCGUGCACAGUUUGCCGAGCAACCCGACGGCACGGCCGUCGGCCCGACCAAGAAACGAUAGUAAUAACAAUAUUAUAGCAUAACGACAACGCAGUAAUAUUGCACGCGGGUGAAAAAUAUAACUACAAUACAAUAAUAAUAAUAAUAUAUAAUAUUAUAAUAAUAUACGAUAUUAUAACUGCGACGACGACGACGGAAAUAGGCUCAUCGGCGAUAAUACUAUGCGCUGGCGACGGAUUUAAAAGCGUACGACACGGAAGCGGACGAUUUUAAAUGCAAUUCGUCGUUCCGCAGGAAGAGGUGCGCGCGCGAUUUAUUUAAAUCGGAAGAAAACAAUCAUUCGGCAUUAUAUUCAUCCACUCCGCGGAGUACGCAAAAAAGAAUAAUAUUACAAUAAUUAAAAACACUAUAUUAUUGUAUUAUCGUUUAAUAUGGCAAGUCGUACGAAAAUAGAACGUAGCCAAUCAAAUCAUUAGUAAUGUCAUAUUAUUGAAGUACUUAAUAUUAUUGUCCACCGCGUUCGUCAUAAAUCCAUCAUCGUCACAAACCGACGUUUAUGGGCGGCAUGAAACGUUCAAAUGAAGUUUUCAUUUUUUAUCUGUUCAUCAUGCUACAAGCGUCUUUCAUCAGUAACAUAAAAUUGUUGAACGUCCGAAUAGCUAACCAUACGGUAUUAGGCAGUAGUACAAAAUUAGAAUGCACAUUCGACCUAGAAGGAGAAAAUUUGUAUUCUGUCAAAUGGUACAAGAACGGGGACGAGUUCUUCAGAUAUUUACCCAAAAGCAAACCAAAAAUACAAGUUUUUGAAAAACGAGGCAUCUAUAUUGACAUCGAUAAAUCAAAUUCUAACGAAGUCGUGCUCAAGUCUUUAGAACUGUCAAGCAGUGGAACUUAUAGGUGUGAAGUGUCGGCGGAGGCUCCUUCGUUUCAAACAGUAUUUCAAGACAGAGAUAUGAUUACAGUGGAAGAAGGUCCGCAGAUUGCCGGUCUUCAGCAGGAAUACAAUGUCGGGGACACUGUAAACGCCAACUGUACGUCGAGUAGGAUGCAAUUUCACGCCCAGCUCAUUUGGUACAUAAACAAAGAAAAGGCCAACUCUACGGUUGUACAAGGACCGUAUUACAAGGAGCACUUCACAGGUAGCGAACGACUUGUGACAACUGUUCUUGGACUCAGCUUCAAUGUGACCGAUGGUCAUUAUAACAGUGGUGAAAUAUAUCUGAAAUGUACGGCUCGACUUGCUUCAUUUUAUUUACACUCAGAUGAAAAAGUUGUUAAGUUCACCAAACGGCCUCCUACAGAAUCAAUCAUUUCUAACCAAGUUAAACAGACUAAAACACAAGAUAAUCCUUCAAUCAGUGUACAAAACACACCGAACAUUUUUCAUCUGGCAUGUGUUUUGCUGUUCUGUCUGAGAAACAACAGAAAUAUACAAGUUGCAUACUAAUUACGAACAAAAUAAACACAUAUUAUUUGUAAUUG